UUGCACCACUACACCUGACCUCACGUGCCAAAAAGUCAUUGAAGUGAUUAAGUGAUAGGUAUUUAAUUAAUGGCGGAAUAUACAAAACGUUUCAAGUCUUGUGAGUUUCAAUAGUUGGGAAGAGAAUCAUUCCUUGAAAAUUUGGAAUAAUUGGGUAUUUUUUGAGAGGUUAUAUCAAUUUGGCAUUGGUUCACAAUGUCACAUCAAAUAUCAGGAGAAAAUGCUCAGGGCGUUUUUGUUCCACACUCACUUAAUGAAAAUUCUGAGUCGUUGCCGUGUUCCAUAAACGAUAUGGAGAUAUCUUGUACAAAUUCAACAGUUAAAGCAAAGAAAAACUCUAGGGAUAUCACAAGAUCUGACAGUUCAUUCGAGGACGACUUGAAAAAUGUUAGGACAAACGAUGACAUCCCUACGAACAAUGAGGAAUUAUAUCGGGAACCAGAUGAUGGAUGCAUAGAUGAAAAUUUUAUUCUCAAAGUGAGUCACCUAGAUAUCUCGGAAGAUAAAGCUGUUAACGCAGAUCCAACGAUAAACCAAGGAUCUUCUCAAGAUUUAAUGUCAGAACCGUUGAAGAACAUAAAAAAACACACAGACUCAUCAGAUAGCUCUGACAAUGAUGAUAAUACAAAUGUCACAUUGAUGGGCCUACAAUUGGGUGAUCUAGCAAAUGAUGAUGAGAUUGUAGAUUCUGACGAGGACAGUGAAAGCGAAUCCGAAGAAUAUUACUCUGAAGAUGAUGAUGAAAUCCAAAUGAAGGAAGUCGCUAAGUUUGGUAUAAAAAAGAGGAAAGUUGAUCGGGAAGAAUCGUGGCUUUCAGUUUUAGGUGUUGACAAAGUAUCUACCGAGUUGCCUCAUAUUUCUACGCUUGAAUUGAAUAAUAAGGAAGAGUUCACGCAUAUGGGUGAUCUUGAAUGUAUCAUUGAUAAGAUAGUUACAAUUGCUGGUCUUCCUGGAAUGCCUGCUUAUGACCUCGACACAUUAUUAUUUUUAGAGGAAGGUCAAAAAGUUUUAGGUUAUGUGUUAGACGUCAUGGGUCCUAUCUCAGCUCCCGUUUAUAUUGUACCUAUGAGUUCUACCGAAGCAAUUAGGGACCUUCAACUCCGAAAAGGAACGAAGGUGUACUGUGCCCCUAAAAGCAAAUAUACCAAAUAUGUGUUACUCCAAGAAUUGAUGAAAAUGCGCAGAUCCGACUCUUCUUGGACAGCAGAUGCCGAAAUGCCUUCAGAGUGUCAGGAGUUUUCUGAAGAUGAGCAAGGCCACUUGGAAAAAACACCCAUAAAAGAUAAAACCCGCAAAUGCAGCCAGGAACGGUACAGACAAUUCGUGAAAGAUAUGAAUCGAGCCAACCAAAGGGACACCCGAUUACACAAGAUGGCUGAUUCGCACCGAACUCAUCUGGACAGAAUGGGGGGACUGCAAAGUGUGCAUCGUCAAUUACGUGACUCAAGAACUAGGAACCAAAGCUCAGGGACUAAAUCCAGCUCAGAAGGUAGACGUAGUAGGCCUCUUUACAGAAAUAAUGCACAUGGUGUCGGUGCGGCUGAACUACAGAGUUGGACUGUGGUGAAUCCCGCUGCCAGUACUGCACGGAAUAGUGUACCUGUGAUGCCUCCCUUCGAUCCAUCGAUACCACCUCCGAAUUGUGCGGAAUCCGGAUAUUAUCUACCAUCCGAAGAUAGUCUGUUUUCCUCAUUUGUUGGUUUUAUCCCGUCUGAAAAUUUCAACUCCCAAGACUUUGAAAGAAGUGUCAGUAGGCCUAAUAGGCAAAAUAACCUGCCUGGACCUUCGGGUUGGUUUAAUUAAGGUGUGUAUCUAAGUUGAAUCGGGGAAUUAAACUCGGAAAAUAAAUCUUUAUUUGGUGUUUGAAAUAUAUUGUUUGUGUUAUACAUUGACUGAAGGAUUGAGUAUAAGUUUUUAUGAGGGUUAUAUUAGGUUUUAGAAUUUCAGGCAGUAUUACCCGAAAUUUUUUACACGUUGGGAUGGUAUGAUGGGUGGAUGAAUCAAAUUUUAUGUUGACAUUCUUGCCUUGAAUGAAUGUGACUGAUCAUGCUUCGUUACAUGACGGUUGAAAUGAAAUAUCCAUUUUUAUAUUUGGCAGUAUAUUGUUCAAAUGGAUAUCCAUUGUAAAUAAGUUUUUCACCUUGUUGACAUUGCAGAAAUGGAGUACAUUAUGAUCUAGUCUGAUUUUUUGAAUGUCUUAUAUUUAAAAAAAAAAAAAGUUCUUCCAUAUUACUUUAUGAGGUAUGUAUAUCCAUUCCUAACCAAGGAUUCCAAAUACUUGAGAAAACUUAUGUUAGCAAAUUCGUUUAUAACCUCAGCAUUUCAAGGAACCCCUUUUAGUUGUGUACAGUACAGAGAACGGCCAAAAAAAUCACUAGUACAAGUAAUAAAAGAGAUCAGAUGUACAAAAAUGUUAAAAUAAAAUAAUAUCAACUCUAUUUUUUUUUGUUAGCUGGUAAUUCUCUCUACUGUGAUCUCCGGAAUAAAAAAAAGCAGAAUUUUUACUUUUAAUCAUUUUGUUCGAAGAAAUACAUUCCUCAGUUUUAUCACUUUGAGUUUUUUCCUUCACUUUAUAUUUUGGUAUUUUAACUUUUGAGGGUGAGCAAUUAGUUCUAGAGAGUUGAACUUAACGUUUUUCUGAUUCCUUGAAGAAUUGCCUAAACUAGGUUUAAUUGUGGUUGGCUGGUUUUCAGAGGAUAAGUUUGAAAACGAAGUCCCUUUAGUUGUAUAAAGAAUUAUUAGGAUUAAAUAAGAACAUUGUGAUAUAGAAAUUGAAUAAAAUAUAGUUGUAAUCUGUCAUUUCAUAGUUGAUUCUUCAGAGGCCAAUAAAGAAUAUACCUAUAA